AGAGAGUCGAGAGGCUGGACGGGGCGCAGGCUCGAACAUCACUACGACUGGAUAACAACAACAAAGCCGCGGGUCAACACACUGUGGUCACUUGCACAACUUUUUUUUUUUUUUUUUUUCCUGUCGUUCUCUUCUCUUCUUUUUUUUUUUUUUUUCACAUGAAAGGCCUUUUUAGAAACUUACUUCUCUGCCGUUGAUGACUCAGAUUUUCUUUCUUUCCUUCUUUUUUCAGGCUUGGGAUGUAAUUGUCAGUGUAGAGUUUGCGCCCAGGCGGAGAACUCUUUUCCCGGACAGAUAAAUCUCGCGUUCGCUCACGUUUUCAGAGGCGACGUUGCAACUUUUGAAGGGGCGACAGGUUUUGCCGCAUUUACAUGACAUUGUAACACUCGGCUGCGUUACCUCUCGACCAUGGCGGAAGCGGCCCAGCAGCCACAUCUGGUGGAAAUCGACCCGGAUUUCGAGCCCCUGCCGCGGCCCCGGUCCUGCACUUGGCCCCUGCCGCGACCGGAGUUCAUCAACCCGGGCGACUCCAACACGUCAUCGCCGGUGCCGUCGGUGAAGCAGGAGCCCGCCGGCAACGCCGAGUUCAUCAACAACCUGAGCCUGCUGGAGGAGACCGAGGACUUCACGGAGCAGAAGCCUGUCAUCCUGUGCACUGAUUUCCAGUGUCAGGAGAACUGCGUCCACCAGCAACCUCCGCAGCAGCAGCAGCAGCAGCAGCAGCAGCAACAUCAGCAACAACAUCAGCAGCAACAUCAGCAGCAUCAGCAGCAGCACCCGAACCCGCAACUCCCGCAUCAGCAGCAGCAGCAGCAGCAGCAGCAGCAGCAACAGGUGCCUCUGCUCUCCUCCCCGGUCGGCUCGUCUCCCUCGGCGGCCGCGGCCGCCGCUGCCGCCGCUGCCCAGAGGAAGAGCAGCUCCUCCCGGCGAAACGCAUGGGGGAAUAUGUCAUAUGCAGACCUCAUAACCAAAGCUAUCGAAAGUUCUCCUGAGAACCGACUAACUCUGUCUCAGAUCUAUGACUGGAUGGUGAAGAGCGUGCCAUAUUUCAAGGACAAAGGAGACAGCAACAGCUCUGCGGGCUGGAAGAACUCCAUCAGACACAACCUGUCGCUGCACAGCCGCUUUGUUCGCGUCCAGAAUGAGGGGACGGGGAAGAGCUCCUGGUGGAUGUUGAACCCAGAGGGUGGGAAGAGCGGCAAGUCCCCGCGACGCAGAGCAGCCUCCAUGGACAACAACAGCAAGUUCACCAAGAGCAGAGGAAGAGCAGCUAAGAAAAAGCUGUCCCUGCAAGGCGGCCCAGACGGAGGCGCAGACAGCCCGGGCUCCUACUCUAAGUGGCCCGGCAGCCCCAACUCCCACAGCAACGAUGACUUUGAUGCAUGGAGCAGCUUCAGGCCUCGGACCAGCUCCAACGCCAGCACUGUGAGCGGCCGCCUCUCACCCUUCAUGCCCGAAGAUGACCUCGGGGAGGCAGACGUGCAUAUGGGCUACCCAGGAGCCCCUGGCGCCAAAAUGACAGCCACACUUCCCAGCCUAACAGAGAUGACCGGCUCUCUGGGACACAGUUCUGAGAAUGUUAUGGAGAACCUUCUGGACAACCUGAACUUGCUCUCGCCCAAUAAUUCUCAGGUUGGAGGAGGGGCGACGACCCCCGGAUCCUCCCAGUCCUCCCCAUCUCCUAUGAUGCAGCCGAGCCCUGGGUACCCUGCUUACAGCUCCCCCAGUAUGGCCACGCAGCCUCAGCAGGAGUAUCGCAAGUGUGUGUAUGGCCAAGCAGGAAUGAACACCCUGUCGUCCAUGCCACUGCAGACACUGCCAGAGAGCAAGCCCAGCUUCGGGCCCAGUAUGGGCCAGUACAGCUGCCCCCCAGGGCUUCUGAAGGAGCUGCUGACAUCAGAUACAGACCAGCACGGAGACCUCAUGCCGUCGGUGGACACUGUAGUGACUCAGUCCAGCGGAGGCUGCAUGCUGCCGCCGUACAGCAGCAGUCAGCAUGCAGCCAAGCUCAUGGGAGGAGGGAACGGUCACCUUCACGGUCUCUCUCACACUCACCCCCACAAUGUGCACAGUCAAGCCCCGGCCCCGUCGGCGGCUAUGAACGGCCGCUUGCUCAUGUCCCUGAGCCACAGUGGGGGCACCACGCGUUUGCCCACAGCCAAAAGCCCUAUGCAGAUGCCUUAUGGCCUCUCCAGCCACCUCAGCGGGGGAGGCAUGCCUGGCGGCUUCUGCCCUCUCAACACCAACGGAUACGGUCGACCAGGCCUGCCACCACCCUCACACCCGGAAAAGCUGCCAAGCGACUUGGACGACAUGUCCAUCGAGAAGUUUGAGUUUGACAUGGAGACUGUCCUCCAUGAUACUCUGAUGGACGGGGACUCACUGGACUUCAACUUUGAGCCAAUGGUGACCCAACAAGGUUUCCCCCACGGGGUGAAGACCACCACACACAGCUGGGUGUCAGGGUAGACUCUGUAGUACGAAAACACCUUUGUUCAUCUGACUUCUUCUUGUUGCUGUUUGCUAAAAGACACAAUCGGGACUCAUUUGAGACAAAAAAUGUAUCGUAGGAUGCUUAAUCCUCAUCCCAGCAUCAUCUGCAGUUUCUGUACCAUCAGCAUUUCUGUUUCAAAAAUACUUUUCGGAUCACUGCAGCAGACUGAGACUGGUCGUGAUCUGCUGAGGACCCAUGAACUGAAGAAGAUGAAUUCUGAAUUAUUUUUGAAAUAGCAAAUAUUCUGUACAAACUAAGUGCCAAACAUUUUGCCUUAACGUAAGAGCCAAACUGAAACACACCUCUCCGGUUUACUCAACAAGGUUAGAGAUACUAUACGGUGGUUUUGUCUACGAGUUUUGCAAGUGACACUGCCAACUACAUCUCAUCAGCAGCAGCAGCAGCAGCAGCAGCACAAUCUGUAGAAGUGCACAAACUCAUACCGUGCUGUUUACCGUGUGUCCGUAAUCCACCUUUUUGUAUGUACAGUGUAGUGAUAAUUGAUUACCACUACAGACAAAUUAUGAAGGUAAUCUGGCUCAUGGGUUUGUGGACUGACAUGAUGUAAAGUGAGAGACUUCUCAAGGGAUCCUCGGAUGAUGUUACAUGAUAACUCACUUUGUUAUUGCCUGAAUGUACAUAAUGUCAUCAUACAGUUUGUAAAAUCAGGUCUCGUAGUGUAUUUUAUAAGACUGUAAAUAGUGUUUACAGAAUGGAAGCAAAAAUUAAGGCAGCAGAAAUGAGCUCACAGAGAAAACUGGAUCAGAUUCUUUUAAACACACGUCGAGUGGACAGAUCUGUGCUUGAGAAUCCUUCUCAAUCCGGCUGUAAAAUGGUAAUACACUUUCUGAUUUCUUGUACAUACAUUAAGGAUGUAUAUUAAAAUGAUGUAGUAGGUGUUUACUAGAUGUAGUAUAUAUUUGAGACCUAAAUUAUUUGUGGUUAAUAUAGAUUUAUGCUGGUGCAUAACCUGCACUCAGACAUCACAGUUGUUCUGAGUCGUUCGUCACUCUGAACCUUAAUACCACAGGGGCCUACUUAUUGUGCCUAACAAAGUAGAUAUCGACUGCAGGCUUGAAGGGUUUUAUGUUGUAAAUGUCUAUGGUCCAGAAUAUACUCAGAUCCAGCAGUCUUAAAGAGAAGUACAGUGAAUUCUUUCUUUUCUUUUCCCUGCUUUCACGAGAAGAAGCGAGCGACUGUAGAUUGUUAUUGUAAGGGUUUCCUGAACGCUUAGUGAAUGUUAGGAGGUCAAGGCAGGUUGGAUAAAAGAUAUUCUCAGUGCUACUGUUGCUUUCACACCAAGGCUGAGUCCAAGACCUGCUAGAGAUUGUCAUUAAAGACACUGUGAGUAACCAGCCUCUCCCCUGUUCAGUCUCAGAACGUUUUUCAUUUUCUUCUUAGUCUCAAAAGGUUAGUGUCACUGAUUUCAAUGAGUACAGAAUGAAUCCCUUUUUUUGUCCAAAAGAGCCCUCUGAUGCCGUCAAUAGGAUCAACUCUACUGCUUUUAAUGAGACUCCACUUUCACUCUGCCCCUCCUACCUCUACCUAUCUCUGUGUCUUUUUAAACAUUUUUUAUAAUGGUAACACGUGAUAGCUUGAUCAUUUUGACUAUUUUAAAAAUUUUCCCCUGAAGAGUGCUACUACGUGUUAAGUAUCUUAUCUAGCUUGUAUAGUUGCAUUGUCUGAACUGCUUUUCCCACUUAUUGCUAUACUAACAAUGAGCUUGUCAGCCCGUCAGUGACUUAUUAUGCAGGUCACAAGUAGUGCGCAAGAUUGUGGUAACCUUUGUGAAGAUGGUGUCUGUAAACAUGACUGCUUCUCAUGAAGUCGAUUGGUUUGGUGGCUGAAAGACCAAGUGGCUUAGAGAUUACUAACUAAAACUGAAAACUGCCUAUACCACAUUUAUGUUUAUUGUUUGAUUUAUACAGAAACAGCAUAUAUCAGCGCGUGUCUGACCAGGUGUUGUCAAGGGCUCUUGAGUAUGCAGGUUUCGUACCGAAGCCGUACUACUAAUGAGGUCACCUCCAACCACGGGGGACAGCUCUUUAAUUAGUUUUGGUGUUUGGUUGAAAUGAAAACUUGCACGCUCCAGACCAGUAAUGCCACAUGUUCUGACACCGCUGACAUACAUUUUAAGAUAAAGCCAGGGAGCGGGCAGGUUUGAGAAGAGUAAAAUGAAAUUCUUAACAUUUCAAAAGUCUCUGCAGAGAAGCCGUUAAAGAAGCUGCUGUUUGGCUUUGGUGCCAGGUGUUGCCUUUUCUUAUCCAAACAUGCCAUAAUGUACUAUAGCCAAAUUUGCCUUUGAAGUUAAAGUGAUAUAUUUAGCAUUUUUAUCAUGUAAUAUGUUCAGAAUUAUAUAUAUUUGUGCCGGUCACUCAAGUCAGGAUAAACUGUAAUGAAUCCAUGUAGUCAGUGUCACAGGGUUCACUCUAAAAGUAAAAGAGCUGUACUAAGUAAAUUAUAUCUCUACAUUUUUAAAUGAUUGAAUCUAUGCAUUGUAUUCCUUAAUUUUAUGUUGCUAUUGUUAUAUUUUCUUUUUCUUUCGAACUUAUGACAGAGAUAUUUUAUUGUAACAUAGCGCUGUGAGAUAUUAUGGUGUUGUUGUUGUCAAAACUGUAUGUUCCAGAUAGUUAUAUGGGGAAAAAAUGAAGUUUAUUUAGAAAAUAGAUGAUGCAGUGAUUGAUAUGCUAAGCUUUUGUAAACUGACAAUGUUGUAUUUCUUGUAUUUAGCUACAGUUUUUAGAAAAUAGCAUCAAAAAGCAAAUUACUGAAAAAAAUGUCAAGAUAUAUUGCAUUUUUAAAA